GUUUCUCUUCCUCGCUCAGUCCACAUCUCUCGAUGAGAUAGUGGAGAGCUGUCGGGUUCUCAGCAUAAUUGACAUCAUUUUGAUUCAUUCCAUAUUUCAUCCCAUCCUAUUUCAGACAAUGAGUGCCACUAACCAGCUUGUAACCUUGCUCCCUCGAGCAUCUUUGCCCCAGAAACCCCCAGAACACCUAGCCAGCCCGUCUUCCUUCCUUCCUCUCUCCCUGUCUUCUCCUGUCAUUAAGAAGAAACCCAUCCGAAUACCCUCCUUUGAUGUCCAAGGAAUCGUCUUGGAAAAAUUGAUCUCAGAACAGCCUGCUUCACUCAGACAGAUUCCAUGGAAACAGAUAUACAACACUUCCGAUCGCCAAGCGCAAGGCUAAGCCAAGCGUCUCUCCCACUCCCAUCAUGAAACUCUCUCCAAUUUCACCCAGACACAAGCUUAAUCCCAGCCUCUCUUUUCCCCUUCUGGAGCCAAAGCUUGUCGUCUCUCCAACACUGUCCCUUCCAGAACCUAAGCCUAGCAUCUCUCCAACACUCUCCGUUCCAGAACCUAAGCCUAGCAUCUCUCCAACACUCUCCGUUCCAGAACCUAAGCCUAGCAUCUCUCCAACACUCUCCGUUCCAGAACCUAAGCCUAGCAUCUCUCCAACACUCUCCCUUCCAGAACCUAAGCCUAGCGUCUCCCCAAUUCUCAGGCUUAGCCCCUCUCCGACCACCCGGUGUCAGACAAUGCCUCUGGACAACUCAGGAACAAAACAGAACAUCCCCAUGCCUACAGAAAGAAGAGCAAGGUCAAUCCCCAUUUCUGCCAACAAUAGCCAGUCUGAGCUAGGUAAACCUAUGUCCCCAACACCAGCAAUCCAAGACCAGUCCAUACCUGACCAGGAAGGAUUCACCAGCUUCACUCACUGUGGAAUACUAAGUCCUAUCAGGGUAACUCCCUCUGAGGGUCCACCCCCAAAGUCUGUUGAUAACUCUGUCCAGUUUAGCAGGGACAUCGGAUGUUCUGGGACUUUCCUUGUAAAAAGUAAGUGUCAGGACCUUAACUUUUUGCAAGCCAGGCUUGGGUUACGUAAAACAGGGAAGACAAGAUUUAGCCCCAGGAUUUUUCUGGGUAAGGAUGACACCUCCGGUUCAAGGAAGGAAGACACAAAUGCUAAACCAAAGCCGUCCAACCAAAAUUCUCCAGAAAGUAUUAUUUCGCCAACUGGGUGGAUGGCCAAACAAAAUGUUAUCUCAGGAUUAGAAGAAUGUGAGCUCCCAAUGAAAGAAUUUCAUCCAGUUCAUGUUCGGUGUAGAUCACUGAGUGACAAACAGGCCACCCAGUCAAGUCCUAAAUCUGAAAAGGCAAAUAAGUUCCAACAACCAUUACAGAAUAGUCGUUCGUGUCAGCCUGCUAGUGUUGACACUGGUCGUGAGUCUCGAGAUCGUGUGGAUCCCAAUACAUCUCUUCCCAAACCUCCAAAGAGAAUGUCAUGCAAAGCUGAAAAAACCCCAACAAGUCCGUCCGCACAAAGGGAAACUAAAAUACCUUUUAUUAAAGGUGAAGUUAGGAAGGGACCAAUACUUUCAAAAGACAUGGAAAGUUGCAAGUCAUUUCUCAAGGAGUCUUCAAAGACAGUCUCAGAUUACUCAUUUCAAUCUUACCAACAAGCUAGACCUUCCAGAUCCUCCAACACGUUCAAGAAUCCAGCAUUCUGCAACAGCCCCAAAAGUCAAAGUCCAUAUACUGACAUGCACCCGGUGAAAGUAUACAAUAGGAAACGUCUGUUAGAUGGCAUUUCAGUCUGUGACAAUAGCCUUUCCAAACACAUCAGUGAGAACCAGGAAGCUAUUCCGUCAAUUGUAAGAUCUGAUAACUGUGAGACUCAAAGUCUGGUGAUACCUCAGAAACAGGAAUCUUCCCUCACUUCCUCUUCCCAGACUGACGUGAUUAAGGCCUCUAAAGAGGACCAUUUGAAUCUUGACAAAGUGAUCUGCAGUAGUUCGACAACAAAAGUGAGCAAAAUCUGUCCGACUGGAUGUUUCAUGCUAGACAAAACCAUCAGUGAAGACAUCACCCAGACACAAAAACAUAGUUUCGAUCCUGAACAGUCCUCACAUGUAGCAAAGAACAACAUCAACCACAGACGACUGAAAUCUGAUGCUACGGAACAGCGCCAAACUGGCCCGCCACCUGACUAUGAGGGGCCCAAGCUGCCACCAGAAUAUUCCUCAGAAGAAUGGACCGCGAGCUGGCUGCUGGCCAUGGGAUGCAACCAACCCAACACAACCAGGGCUGGCAGCGAUUCAAGAGGGGUCUUUCAACUGGUAUCGCAAGCCCAGAGCAUAGGAUUCCAGAGAUCAAAUGAGAGAGCCGUCUCUUCAUCAUGCGCACUGAGUCACCCUCAUUCAAGCAGGACAUCUGUCACCGAUGAGGCACGGGAGUUACAUGAUACCACCAUGCAUCACCCUGGUGUGAUUCACGUGUCAGUGGACAUGUCUGAUAUUGUUCCCCCGGAAGUGAGACCCAAACCUGCCGUUCCUGCCAAGCCCCCUCAUGUGGCAAUUGCACCCCCAGCCACCCCACACACCCCCUCCCCACAGCAGGCGCCGCCGGUUGGAAUUGGUAGCGGGCUCGGUCACGGAGUUGGGGGCCAAGGUAUGGGCGGCGGCUCCACACUGCUGGGCUACAUCGGGAUCGACACCAUAAUCGAGCAGAUGAGGAAAAAAACCAUGAAGACGGGCUUUGACUUCAACAUUAUGGUAGUUGGUCAGAGUGGUCUGGGGAAGUCGACUCUGGUCAACACUCUGUUCAAGUCCCAGGUGAGCCGGAGGAGCACGGCCUGGGGCCGUGACGAGAAGAUCCCCAAGACUGUGGAGAUCAAGGCAGUGUCACAUGUGAUUGAGGAGGGUGGAGUCAAGAUGAAGUUGACAGUGAUUGAUACCCCUGGCUUUGGUGACCAGAUCAACAAUGAGAACUGCUGGGAGCCCAUCUCAAAGUACAUCAAUGAGCAGUAUGAGAAGUUCCUGAAGGAGGAGGUGAACAUAGCACGAAAGAAGCGCAUCCCCGACACAAGGGUCCACUGCUGCUUGUACUUCAUCUCACCAACCGGACACUCUCUCCGGCAGCUGGACAUUGAGUUCAUGAAGCAUCUGAGUCGAGUGGUGAACAUUAUCCCCAUCAUCGCUAAGUCUGAUACCAUGACCCCCGAUGAGAAGAUGGAGUUCAAACAGAAGGUGAGGAAGGAACUGGAGGCAUGUGGGAUCGAGUUAUAUCCUCAGAAGGAGUUUGAUGAGGAUAUGGAGGACAAGAGUGACAACGACAAGAUCAGGGAGGCAAUGCCCUUUGCCGUUGUGGGCAGCGACAAGGAGUACCAAGUCAACGGAAAACGAGUUCUGGGGAGGAAGACUGCCUGGGGAGUGGUAGAAGUUGAAAACAGCAAACAUUGUGAAUUUGCUCUUUUGCGAGAUUUCCUGAUCAGGUCACACCUCCAAGACUUGAAGGAGGUCACCCACAAUAUCCACUAUGAAACAUAUCGUGCCAAGAGACUCAAUGACAAUGGAGGAUUGCACCCCAUCUCAUCCAAUGACACCAACCUGUAAUUAGUUUUGACUCAUUUGAGAGAUAGAGAGCCAAAAAAAGAGAAGACAAAAAUAGACUAAUCUAUGUUGUGAAAUGGCAUCACUGCAUGCUAGGAGAACAUGUACAGCUGUGAAAUGACACUCAUAUCAUGCAAGGGGCCCACAUCUUAUCACUCAUCUCGUCACUCGUGUCAUGCAAGUUCCAACAUCCCAGCCACGCCCCUUUGCCCCUCCCUCCUUCCCUCCCCCACCCACUUACACACACACACAGCCGCGCCAUAUUAAACUCGUAGUUUUCCUUAAAAAAUACAAAGUCAAUUGCAAUUAAUAAUAAUAAUACAUUUUAUUUUAAAAGCCUUUCUCAGCCCUCAAGGACACCGUAUAGGGGUACAUAAGACAUUAAAAGCAGCAAAAUAAAGAAUACAACAAUAUUCAAAACAACAGAAGAAGGCAGAGCAAUUGGCAUUAAAUGGAAUAAGCAGUUUUAAACAAAUGGGUUUUGAGUUGCAAUUUGAAAUGGGGGAAUUAAUUGAUAUUUCUGAGUUGGGGUGGUACUGAAUUCCAGAGACGGGGAGCAGAGCGGCUGAAUGCUCUACUCCACAUGGUGGUGAGGCGGGCAGAGGGGACAAACGGGUGUAUGGAGGAAGAGGAUCUGAGGGAGCGGGAGGUAGUGGGACCCUUGAGGAGGUCAGACAAAUACGGGGGGGCGAGGUUGUGGAUGGCCAAUUGGAUGAAGGAUUAUAGUUACUUUAACUCAAUUUAAUUAUGUAUUCACAAAACAAAUCCCCUCACACACACACAUUUAUGGCAAUUUUUCCUCAUCCUGUACUCAUAUCUUUUGGUGCAUUUUAUUUUGUUGUUUUGUUUUUACUAGCCACUUUUCUAAACAAAUUCAGGAACAUCAACCCACCCACUGAAGUAUUGUGAUUGAUCAAACUAUUCUAAUUGUCUCAAAGCUUGAUGAAAAAUGUCAAAGCUUGAUGUAUUUAUGGGGAAACAGACCUCAAAACGGAUUCCUCUCAAAUGUAGUGCCAUGUGAAGGAUUUGUGGCCAUCUCAAAGAUACUGAAAACCUAUGAAGCUGAUAUUGUGCCAAUAUCAUUCUGCCAACAACUAUUCUCUCUGCCAGUUGGUGGCAGUACUCCACAACAAUCUCUGUGACUCAAAAGACAGUCGGGAUAUGCAGUAAUCAUCUAGCACUUACUGCAAAGACACUUUGGUAGCUUAAAUGCAACCUCAAGUAUCCUGCCAAUAUCCAUCCAGUCAGAUCAGGUAAACCGCUGAUUUUGGAAAACCUCUGAAUUAAGUUUGGUUUCCUUUACUGUUACCAAUAGAAUCAUGUAAAGAGAGCUUACACAGUUUCCAACAUGCCAUCUGUAACUACUAAAUUGACUAUACAUAUUUUAGACUACCAGAGUAACCAUUCCAAAUAGCUAACAGUUACAUGUUUACUGAAGGUUUCUUCAGGAAAUUACCCAUACUAAUGUUCAGUUAUACACUGUUUACAGAAGAGCACAUGCACUUACAAAAGUCACAAACUUUGGGUUUGAAUUGUAUCCUGGAGGGGUUUCCCCGAAAAUGUUUUAUACAAUCAUAUAUGUGUGUGAGAGUGUGACGUGACAACAUUGGUGUCUGAUGCAAAAAAAAGUGUAGUUCUAGUGGUGUUUUAGUGCCGUUGUUGAUUUUUAAGGAACAAUCAAAAUAAUAUUUAACAAAAACUGUUUAUAUUUAGUAUUUCUAACACUUUUCUCAUUUUGCCCGUCCAUAAACAUGCAUCCACAUCAACGUCACUAUAUUGCCUAUUUAAUGAUUGCAGUGUGGUGUUAUAAAUCGACAACAAGAAAUGGUCAUGUCAACUCUAGUAACUGACAUAAAUCCGCGGAUAACUCAUUGUCUAUACCUUACUAGUGCCCUGAUGUGAAAAUAUUUUUUCUUUUAAACAAUUUUUGUCAAAGUUGUGUUUCACAAAGAUGUGUUUCAAUAUUGUUAUUUAUUUAUUAUUUAUGGUAAUUUAUAAUUAUCUAAAUAAACAUACAUUUUUCGGACAAAUGUGUGGACUUGCAUCACCAACUACAAUUGCAAAACUCAAGACUUCUCUGACUUAAGUUAAAGUAAUGUUAAUGUUUACUUUUCUUUGGACUUUCUACAAAUACACUUACCUUUCGAUCUUGCUCAAGAAAAUGUGCAAUAUAUUAAGGUUACUUUAACGCAAAGCGUUGGUAUAUCAUUACAAUAAUAUAAGUAUCCCUUUGUUGGCAUUUUUUUUAGAAUGUUCAGUUCUCGUGUCAAGAAGCCCUGUUGCAAACACUGAAAGUUGAUAGGUGGGUAGGUCUCAGUGGUAGGGCUGCUGAUGUAGAGGUUGCAAGCCCAUAUCCCCCUCUGCUAAAGCAACUUGUAUUUUUUAAUUUUUAUUAUUAUUGAUAGCAAAAACCUGCAAUACAAUCACAACCUGGAAAGGCCUGGAAAACUGCAAUAUACAACAGAGCCACUGGGUGUCUCAAGUAUGCAGUUGUGACGGAUGUGAGCGAAGAGUAUGGUAUCAGACAUAAGGAAAAUCCAUUCUAUUUUAAGAUAUAUAAUAUCGUUGCAGGAACUAGAGUCCUACAAAAUGCAGGCAUUAAUACAUAAUAAAUAAAUCCCACACACCCACGUCUCUGCAUUCCUGUGUAUAAACACCAAGUGUCUGUUCCUAUAAUCUCAUAACAUCUAAUGUGCGACCUAGACGUCAGGGAUUGGUAUGCUAUACCAUCUACUCUUAAGCACCUUUUGUGCUAUGUAGACAUGAAUGAUUUACAUCUAACAUGGUUAGUGUCUUUUUCAUAAUUUUAACACGCAUGUUGCUUAUUACGCUAUUGACACAUACAGUGGCUGUCAAUUUGUGUCUUUUCUACAUGUAGGCGUGGCAAGUGUGUGACCAUGUUAAGAUGGGCAACGUGUGAUAGCUUCUGCACAAGUACUUUUUUUCAUAGACUUGUUAGGGAAUCGGGCUAGUAA